AUGGGUCAUUCUGACGAAUCAAGCGAAAAGGCCAGAGGGGGCAUUGGCCACCAAUUCGAUUAUGAUCCAGAUAUUGCGCAUCCAGCUGCGGACUAUCGAGACCAGCAGACUGUUACUCUACCACCUGGAGUUUCCGAACGAAAAUUGAUUACAAAGAUCGAUCUCCGUGUUAUUCCAGCCCUCAGUCUGUCAGCCACGCAGUAUUCAACUGCUCUGACCAUCUUCUUUGUCCCAUAUAUCAUCUUUGAGAUUCCUUCGAACAUCAUCCUGAAAAAGCUCAAGCCUCAUGUAUGGCUAAGUUUGUGCAUGUUUGGAUUCGGUCUUGUCACUGUGUGUCUGGGUUUUGCGCAAGGCUAUGGUGGAAUCAUUGCCUGUCGCUUCUUUUUGGGUUUGUUUGAGGCUGGCAUGUUUCCUGGGUCCUUCUAUCUGAUUGGGAUGUGGUACAAACGGGCCGAAGCACAGAAGCGUUAUACGUUCUUCUUCGCAAGUACCACUUUGGCCGGCGCUUUCGGUGGUUUGCUGGCAUCGGCUAUAGGCAAAAUGAACGGCCUGAGAGGCUACCUCGGUUGGAGAUGGGUGUUCAUUCUUGAGGGAAUUUUGACCUGUGUGGUAUCAUUUGGCAUCUUCUUCGCCAUUCCAGAUUUUCCAGAGGACGCAAAAUGGUUGACCGAACCCGAAAGGGAGUACGUCAGGGCACGCCUCCAGGAAGAUCAAGGCAAAUCCGCCCUCGAGAGACCGAUCACUUUCAAGGAUGUGGUUAAUUGCUUCAAGGACUACAAGAUCUUCCUCGGUGGACUGAUGUAUUUUGGCCUCAUCGUUCCAGCUUAUGGAUAUGCCUACUUCGCACCUACCAUCAUCAGAUCAUAUGGCUAUUCUCCCAUUCAGACUCAACUCCAUUCGGUUCCACCGUGGGCCGCUGCUUUUGGAUUCAGCAUGCUUGUGGCAUUCAUCUCGGACUGGACGCGCCAUCGAUUCCUCUUCACCAUCAUGCCUAUAUGUAUCUCCAUCACAGGAUUUGCCAUGCUGAUGGUUAUUCAUCAUCACAAAAAUGCACAAUAUGCUGCGCUGUUCCUCAUCACCUGUGGAACUUACAGUGCCAUGCCUAUCAUUGUCUGUUGGUUCACCAUGAAUCUAGGAGGCCAUCACAGACGGGCUGUUGGUAGUGGCUGGAUUAUUGGGUUUGGAAACAUUGGAGGAAUCAUUGCAAGCUACAGCUUCAAAGCGACCGACGCAGCGACAUUCUUUCACCGGGGUUACAGCAUUUGCUUGGGAUUCAUCUGCCUAAGCGCAGUGAGUUGCGUACUGUACUUUUUUGCAGUUCUUUCGCAGAACAGAUCUCGAGCGAAAAUGCAUACAGGUGUGACGGAAUACGAACAGGUCGAGUUGGGUGAUAUGAGUCCCUCAUACCGCUACAUGUACUAG